GGUUCAGAUGAACUGGUUGGGUGUGUCCGCGUUAACUUUCUCAAGUUCUCGCAGAGAAGUCUCACCGUCUCACACAUUCCUCUGUCGCUUCAGGGACUCACAUCUUUCCAUAUGGAUUUCUCUAACUUUUGGGUUAUUUUGCUCCUUUUGGCCGCUCGCGGAUGCUAUUCCCAGGACAGUCCGCUUCAGAGCGACAAAGUUAAGGGCGUUGUAGGUAAAAAUGUGACCUUCAAAACAACAAUCACCUCGACAACGGAUUUUUUAAGCAUAGCAUGGAAUUUCAACAAAGAUAAAGUUGUACCAAUAAUCACUUUCGUACCAUCAACGAGCACCAAAAAAAUCAAUGAUAAAUACAUCAGCAGAAUCAGCUAUAAUGUGACGACAUUCGAGCUUCAGCUUGGACCACUGAUGAAGGAGGAUGAAGGGGAAUAUAUUCUCUCUACAGUCAAUCUCAAGGCAGAACAACUGACGGGACUGAUUCAUCUUGAGGUUCUUGAGCCUGUAACUGACGUCAAGAUUUCAUCCAAUGUCCCUGAAGCUAUAGAGUUCAACAGCACCGUGAUUCUGACCUGCUCUGCCAAAGGCUCCUUCACUUACAAGUGGUUGAAUGGUUCAGACCUUUUGGUGGCGGACGGCACGCAUACGAAACUGAACCCAACUACUAACAAUGAGCUAACUAUUACCGAAGUUCGCCGUACAGAUCUAAGAGGACCCAUCGUCUGCAUAGCAGAGAAUGCACUGGAGUCAGGGAGGAGCGCUCCCUUCAAUCUCACUGUGAGCUAUGGCCCUGAGAAAAUUGCCGUGACGCAGACUCCAACUAAUUCAUUCCUUAAGAAAGGCUCUAACUUAACACUCACAUGCUCAGCCGAUUCUGACCCUCCCGCUCAGCUCCGGUGGAUGUUUAAUGGGGCAGAGCUUCUUCAGAAGGCCAACGUCACCAUCCCCAAUUUAGAGGAAAAACACAGCGGCAACUAUAGCUGCGUGGCCUACAACGCGAAGACCAACCGCAACAUUGUCUCAGCGGUUGCUUCGGUGACUGUUCUGGAGGCCUUAUCUGGAACAAAUAUCUCCAGCUCCACAUCACUUCUCAUCUCUGGCAACAGCACAGUCAACCUCACCUGCUCGGCAGCCGUCGGUAAAGCUGAAAGUGUGGAAUGGCUGAAGAACAGCCAACCUCUGACUCCUAGUCCCCGUGUCAUUUUUUCAGCCGACAAGAAAUCUCUGACAAUCGUUCAAGUUGUUAAAGACGAUGUGGGCGAAUACAAGUGCCAAAUGAAGAACAAAGUGAACAUGGAUGAAGCCAGCUAUAAGAUGGUGAUCAACUAUGGUCCAGAGAACGUGAAGCUUGAUGGGAAGAAAGAUGUGAAGUUUGAAGAGGAUGUAAAGAUAUCCUGUUCUGCAGAGUCUGUCCCCCCCAGUAUGUACACAUGGAAACUCAACAAUACAGUGAUGAACUUCAGUCAGGCAAUCUAUGUUAUUGAAAAGGCCAAAGUUACAGACAGUGGCACGUACACCUGCAAGGCAAUCAACCCGAUCACGAAAAUGGAGAAGGAAACGACAUUCAAACUCGCAGUGACAGAGGUCGGUGCGGUAGACGAGGGCCUAUCUGGAGGAGCCAUUGCUGGAAUUGUUAUUGCUGUGCUUGUGGCUGUGAUCAUCAUCGCUUGUAUCAUAAAGCGCAAGAGAAAAUCAGGCACAGAUAUUCCAUCUCCAUAUUAAAGCAAGACCUGGCAGCGAGGUGACCCGAGCAUAUCUUCAAGACCAACCCUUCAGCCAUUUAUCAUUCUUUUAUCUGCAAAAGCUUUCCAUCAAGACAACUGGAAAAACUGCCCUCACAACUGACUUAAACCUGCAGGUUUGGCCCUUUCAAGAGCUCAACCUUUUUUUAAAUGUCUAUUGUUUUUUUUUUUUAUAUAUAUAUCCUAUUACCCUGCGCAAACGUACCCCAGACUUAAGGACACGAUAGAGGACGGCGGGUAAACAGCGAGACUGUUUACCUUUUAUCUGCAUCUCUUCCUUCCCUUGGCUGAAGUGGACAGCUUCCUUUGUUCCUCAAGAAACAUGAUACAGCCUCCAUCACCCUCUCAAUCCUUCAUCUGACCCUAAACCGACAGGUCGGUCGCCUGGCUUGACGUUUCAGAGGUCAUUUUGAAAGAGCUCUGUUUUGGGUAACAAAAUCCACCCUGAAAUGCACUGAGGGGUGAUGAGACCGUCACGUGUUUGAGAUCUCAACACACCCACAAGGCACUGAAACGUCGAGAUUUUAAGGCCUGUUCAACAUGCUCGAAAGUCCCAAGGCAAUGAAGAUACGUGGGGCCGACUUAACUUGAAGCCGAAGGCGCCGUUGAGUUGUCGACGGAAGGUCACUCGUGGCAAAGCAUGCCUUGGAGAUCAGCUCCAUGCUUUAAGAUUCUUAACACCUUUGCCAUGAUUUGCUAUGCUUUUUUUAAACCCUCAUCUCUUUCUGUGUGUUUCUAAGUGAGCCAUACAUAUUGUAUUUUAAAAGUAAGGCAGGCUCCAACGUGCUUGAACUGAGAAAACAAAAAAAAAACUGCAUUUCUGAGGACAACGACAUACCACAGUUUUGCAGCGAAAUUGCUACUCUCUCCUUGGGCGUCCCCACAAAGAUUCGUCCCGCUGUAAUCAGGAUUCCAAUGGAUUCAUGUUCUAAAACAGGCCGGUUUUAAAAAUCACCUUGCAUUGACACAGAAACGUUUGAAGUUUAAAACUGAAAAGUAUUUGUGUUAAUACGUUUAAGUUGCUUAUUGUGUUCCAGUAUGUGAGAAUUUUUUUUUUUUUUUCUUCGUAUCAACAGAUAUCUGAUCCUAAUUCUUUUAAUGUUUAGUUUUCAACUGUGUUGCUCCUUGACCAAAGCGGUGAUCUUGCUGAUCUUUUUGAUGUUGAUCAGAUCUCUCUAGAUAGAGAUGUAUUCAUUUGUAGAAAUUUCUAAGUUCAUUCCCUCGCUUUUUGGAAAUAAUAAUUAUUUUAGGAGUUACUGCCACAUAAACUUGCAAAAAAGCCUCUGUUUUCAUAUAUAUUGAAAUAUAUUUUAAAAUGUAUUUCAAAAUAUACAAAAAAAUGGCUAAAUUAAAUGAAAUGCUAAUAAAAUAUAUUUUUGAUACAUUUUAGUUAAUAUUAGCUUCUAUUUUAGGCCAUUUUUUUAUAUUUGUCAGUCUAAAUAUAUUUAUAUUGUCCAAUAUAAUAGAAAUUCCAAUCUAUAUAUUGGAUAAUUCCAGUACAUAGAUUGGAAAUGUAUUUUGUCGACCUUUUGAAAUACAUUUUGUAAUAUAUUUUGGUAUAUUUAAUGAAAUAUAUUUCAUUAAGCCACAUUGGUUACAUUAUUUGAAAUCAAUUUUGGCCAGAUAAAAACAAACAAACAUGAAAUGUUUAGCACCCACUUCAGCAAGGAAUACUUGGUGAACAAUGUCAGCUAAUCAAUAUUCAUGAGCUAAGCUGAUACGUUUUUAAAAUACAGUAUGUUCCCGCUUUUUUUCAACCCUAUAUGUAUGUACUGUAAGCGGCAGCCAAAACAAUCUUAACGUAUAUGUAUGUGCAAAUCGACAGUAAAAACACUAACACACAUAUAUUUGUACUCCAUUUUAGCAUUAAAACAAAAAUGUCAUAAAAUGCUGAGCUUUAUAACUCCUUGCAAACCUGUAGACAGUUUUAUCUCCGGCAGCCUGCGUGUGUUUUUAGCGGUUUGGGCUGUUUGCAUGGAGAGACCAGUAAUCAUAUGAGUCUGACCACAGAUACACUGAAUUAACGGUUAGUUUGACUCAUCAUUUGACAGGGUUUAGAUGGAAACAUCUUAUCCUAUAGAUUAUAUUAGGUGUUUUACCAAAUAUGAAAUGUUUUCCUUUAGGCUAGAUAGAAUUUGAAAUUGAAUUGGACAAUGUCAAUUAAAGGGUUCUUGUUGUUGUGAAGAGUAAUCUUUGUUCAGUGCUUUAAAGUUAUUUGAAGUCACCAAAUUGGGCCUGUAGAUUUUUUUUUUUUUUUGAGGAGAAGCACUGGAUAUUUGUGAGUAAAAUACAAUAUAUGCAUGUUCCAAACAACAUCUGUCAUUUGUGAAAUGUUCUCAGGUUUUGUUUACAGGGUGUUUAUAUUCUCUCAAAAUGACCAGUGCGGUCAUGUUUUACAUUUUCAAUGUUGCUUUUAACAUAAUUUAUUUUCAAAUGUUUUGCUUUUAUGUAACUGUUAUAUGUUUUGUGUUUUAAAAAAGAAUGUUUGAACUGCCCAAUUUUUUGUGAUUCACUGAAUAAGAAAAUAAAAUUAUUGUAAAACUUACUUUAAUUAAAUUUGAUCUGUUUUCUACACCCAUUUUUGUAAGAUUUCUUUGAGGCCUCCAGAAAUUAAUGAUACCUAAUGUUUUGUGUAUAUGUGCACGUUUUCUUGUGCCUUUAGAAAAAAAAGGGUAAAGAUCUCAUCUGUAUAAAAAUAUAAAUAGAAAAUUAUAUAUAAAAUUACUUAUUACUGGAAAUCAUGAUGAUCAGUUUCAGAUUUGGUGAGGGACAUUUUUGAUUGGACAAAAAUCUGUGUAGUGCAGGGUAAGUCAUUAAUAUUUUUGGUCCAUUUUAAUGGAAGAAAAAGUCCAUUUUAAACGUGUACAUCAAAUUUUACUUCCACAGUGUUUACAGUUCUUUUUUUUCUAUUGAAGACAGUGCUUUAUGGAUGUUAAUAUCACUAUUCUCGGGCAGGUGUGAAGGAACUGUGUUGAAUUGCACAGGUCUCCUUUCAUACGUGACCAGUUGAGCUGGUUCAUUGGCCUUAAGUCAACAGAAAGAUCCUUAAAGCUAUGAGCUGCUUGGUGUACUUAAUACCUUCACAGUGGGAGACUCGACUUGAAUGUGUGCACCCAUUCAAUAAAUGUAAAUGUCAAAAAAGGAAA